GCACCUGCGUUGCUGUGAGCGUGCGAGGCAAUCGUUGUGACGUUUCAAGUGGUUGAAGGGAGCGUUAAGAUAAUCAAUUAAUGUGUAGGUGACCCGGUUUUUUUAAUAUCGCCUAUCAACCAGGAUUCAACUAUAUAUAUAUAUAUCAACAUGAGACUACUCAAAGUUUCCUGUUUCUUUCAAGGGUUAUUUUUAUGUGGCGGCUGGUUCCUUGUCUGUCUACCGACAGUUGAAGCUUUUUUUAACCUAACGAUACUACACACCAACGAUAUCCAUUCCAGGUUUGAACAGUUCAACAAAUUCGGGGGAAGAUGUCCUGAGGACCGUGCAAGGAGUGGUGAAUGUUUUGGAGGUAUAGCUCGCCAGAUAACAAAGGUGAAAGAAAUUCGCAGCAAGGAGAAAAAUGUGAUUUUCUUGAAUGGUGGAGAUUAUUUCCAGGGAACUCUUUGGUACACUGUCCACAGAUGGAAAGUUGUAACGGAUUUUGUCCAAAGAAUUGAUCAUGAUGCAAUGACCCUUGGAAACCACGAGUUCGAUGAUGGGAUCGCUGGCGUUGUCCCAUUGCUUGAGAGCCUUGCAUCAAAAGUUCCUGUAGUCAGUUGUAAUAUCAACGCCAGCAAAGAACCUAGCAUGGAAGGCAAGUUUGAUAAGUCCAUAGUCCUGCAAGUCGGAGAGAAAAAGAUUGGAGUCAUAGGUUAUACAACACCAGAGACGGAACUGCUGUCUUUAACUGGUAAAGUAUUUACAUCUAACCACUCUCUGUUGAUUGGUCGGAUAUUUUUUACGUUCACGAUGAUUGGUCCUAAAAUAUCAGAGGUUGAUAGGAUGAAGAAAGAGGGAAUAGAUAUCUUUAUUGCUGUUGGUCAUUCCGGGUUUGUUAAAGAUAAAGAAAUCGCCAAGAAGGUCAAAGGAAUCGAUAUUGUUGUUGGUGGACAUACCAAUACUUUCUUGUAUACAGGAGAACCACCUUCAGUGGAAGAACCCGCUGGAAAAUACCCGAUCGUCGUUGAUAACGAAGGUGGUAAUAAGGCUCUGGUGGUUCAAGACUUUGCUUUUGGUAAAUACCUCGGUUACCUGCGGGUUUCCUUCGAUGACAACGGUAAGCUGGCAUCAUGGGGAGGAAAUCCGAUUCUCCUGGACAAUAAUACUAAAGAAGAUCCGGAUACGUUGGCAGCACUGGUUUCAUACAAAACAGAAGUCGAGAAGAUUAGCAAACAGAAAGUUGGACGAACGAAUGUGUUGUUAAGGGGUGACAGGACACUAUGUAGAAUGCAAGAGUGUAACCUUGGUAACUUCUUAGCUGACGCUGCACUAAAUCAGUACAUCCGAGAACCCACAGACACCCAGUGGAACAAGUAUGCGAUUGCCAUUUGGAAUUCGGGAGGAAUAAGAGCUUCCAUUGAUGAGAAAAUUAACGAUGGAGACAUUAUGUUGGAAGACAUUUUGACGGUCGCACCUUUUGGGAACACCUUCGACAUAGUGGAACUGUAUGGUAAAGACCUGAUCGGCGUGAUGGAAUUUUCAGUUCAAAAAUAUGACGUCAAUGCUGAGGAUCCACCUGGUAGCUUUCUUCAAAUAUCAGGAAUGAAAGUGACCUACGACAUCACAAAGCCUUCUGGUCAGCGAGUGGUCAGUCUGUUUGUGAGAUGCACCAAGUGUCGUGUCCCUCGUUUCCUUCCCGUGAAUGAGAGUGAUAUAUAUUCUGUGGUAACGCCAUCUUACUUAGCAAAUGGUGGAGAUGGAUAUAAGAUAAUCAAGGAAAAAGCAAUUCGUCACUAUAACCCCGAGGACUUGGAUACUGAUAUUAUACAGAAAUAUGUAUUAAAAAUGUCACCUAUAACCACUGGGUUGGAGGAUCGAAUUGUGUUUCGGCAAAGUUCUUCGGAAUGUAAUGCAGUUUCGAACAAUUUGCCAAAGGAGCUGGAACAGAAAUCGCAAAACAACACAGAAAUCCAGUCUGAAGAAUUGGACAAUGUAGACGUUGAUGAUUUUAUGUUACAUGAAAUUCUCCUGAAGAAAACCCGGAUGAAGAAAAUAGUGAAAAAAAAUAAGAUGUAGAAGAAAAUCAUUGGUGUGAAAUGUUUAAUCUCAGUAACAAUGUAGAAAUAUAAGAGCAAACUUAAGACGUGUAUAACUGUUUUUAUUUUUCCAAAUAUAGAUAUCUGAAAGUGUAGAUUAAAUAUAAUUACUUAUUUGUUCUUAUGAAUAUAGUUGUUUUUUUUCGUGCUGAAAAUUGAGUAUAAUUGUUCUCUUGUUUCUACGAAUACACCUUCCUUUUUCAUAAAAUUUAUGACAUAAUUAAUAAUAAAAUAAUCUGGAAAAUAUUUGGUACAAAAUAAAGAUUAUACUAGAAGAAUGAUAGAUUUUAAAGUUAAAACACAAAAUCAAAAUUAAUCCAAAACUAUAGGUUUUACAUAUAACAGUUUAAGUGUAUAUCAACUUUAAAAUGUUGAACGUAUUUAGUAUUAAAAUAAUACCAACGUGAUUCGUCAUUCCUGAUAUUGUUGUCUCUCUAUGGUUUGUUUGUUUGUUUGUAACUGCUAACUAGUCCAGAAUUCAAGAGGAACAGUACCUGAUACUCUUAAUUGUAAGAGAAUAAAGAAAAUGAAGUACAUAAUAU